CUCGGAGGAGUAAUCUCGAGAGACCAAAUGACCAUUUGAUAUUUGGCCAGACAACAGUAACGAACGGAACAAUCCCUGCACCUCCUUUAAUGACACUGGCAGCAGAGUUGUUACAGCUGGCUUUACAAGUGGUAUGCACUGUUGAGCGCUACAUCCCGAGGGGUUCGUGCUGAUUGUACGGAGAUUGUGACAGCUGGUUAAAUGGCAUCUCUUGACAAGGCAAGAACAAGAUGUAGGUCAGAAGAAGUGCAGUAUUAUCAUAAGGAGAAUUAUACUUGGAAUAUGGAAGAGGAAUGGAGGCAAUAGUGGCAGAGGAGGUCUAACAGAGAGAGAGAGGGUGAAGUAUCGAAGGUGGUAGGUGUGGUGAAGUUCUCAGAGCCCGAGGCUUGCACUGAGGGUCAGGAUAAAGAUGAGUCUGUGACAGUAGGUGAAGUUGUGGAAAAAGUGUACCCUUGCCUUUUGGCUGAUCUAUGUGUGGUUUCAGGGUGGGUGAAAACAGAGUUGGGUGUUGUGGAAUCAGUAAAGGUAACCAGAAGGGGUCUUGUGAUAAUUGUUUGUUUCUGCUGGUCAGAGGGAGUAGGCGCUCCGUGUUAAACGAAUGGGGGCAAGAGAUGUGAAUUAUUUUGCUCUCAAGAAAAGGGUGCCAUUGAAAGGUGUAAUUACUGGGUAGAAGGAAAUGUGAAAGCUGACCAACUGAAGGGGAAGAUUCCCGAUGUUUGUGAUGCUCAUCGUUUGGUGCAACGCAGAAAGGGUGGCAUGAGUGGAGAAACAGAAUAGUCAUUGUCUGUUCUUUUGAGUUUUGAUGUUGAGUCUUUGACCAACAAGGUGAUGUUAGCAUAUAUCAAUUAUCGUGUACAAGCUUUUGUGCUGAAUACAUUACGUUGUUACAGGUGUCAAGCUUAUGGGCAUGUGACAACAGUGUGUAGGAGGGAGUUUCCUAGGUGUGAGAAUUGUGCAGAAGGGCAUGAGACAAAAGAGUGUGUAGCAUUGGGAAAAGUAGUGGUAUUUGUUAAUUGUAGGGGUGCCCAUGGGGCUGGGUAUCAGAAAUGUCCUGUGCGAGAGAGGCAGGUUGAGGUUUCCAGGGUUAUAGUAGUGCAGAAGUUGUCAUAUGCUGAGGCAGUGAAGAAAGUAGAGGAAGAUGGGUCAUGGGGGAGGGAGUCGGUUGUACAAGUCAGUUGUCAGUUGUACAACUGAAUGCCUUCAACUGAAAUGUGUCUUCCUCAUUUAACCCAACCCCUCUGAAUCAGAAAGGUGUGAGGGGCUGCCUUAAUCGACAUCCACGUCUUCAGUGCCCGGGGAACAGUGGGUUAACUGCCUUGCUCAGGGGCAGAAAGACACAUUUUUACCAUGUCAGCUUAGGGAUUUGAUCCAGCAACCUUUACCAGUACUGAGGGAUAAACCAACAAGUGAUAUACGUUUGACAUUUAUAGCAAUGGUUAUCAACUGUACUGCGGGGAUGGAGCGUAAGUCACAGAAAAUAGAGGUUGUGGCAACAGCUGGAGAGAAGUAUUUGGGUGUGCGAGACUUGACAUCAGAAGAGUUACGCAUGGGUGGGCAAUUCCAGUCCUCGAGGGCCUGAUUGGUGUCACAGGUUUGCCCCAGCCCAAGCUAACACACCUGACUCCAAUACUCACCUAAUCAUGAUCUUUAGUUUAGAAUGCAAUUUGAUUAAUCAGCUGUGUUUGCUAGGGAUGGAGAACUAGUGUGACACCAAUCAGGCCCUCCAGGACUGUAGUUGCCUGACAGGGUGUGUCCUCUCAGGCUGUUGGCCUGAAGUAGGACUGAAUAGAUUUAAAUGGUGGAGUAUGGUAUUUGUUAUUUUUUGUGAGUGUAGCGUUAGAUGGUAGGGUAUUUGUUGUAUUUUUUAAAGGAAAGUAUGAGAGUUAUACUCCAGUCUAGUAGGUGGCGGUAAUGCAACAUUUGUUGGAUGCCAAUCGCCGUUAAGCCUAAUCGAAUAAGAAGUUGUUACAGCUGCUUGGCAGCUUUUUUACAUUUCAAUAUUAACAUUUGUCUUUAUAUAUUCGUGAGGUUGUUUGGCGACUGAAGUUUACUUCCAGAGGCUUGCUUCCGAGUGUCGUUGAUUAGGGUGUGGACGGAGCGCUUUCUGUGAGACAGCAGGUCCUAGUGAAGGAGCAGGUCUGUCUCUGUCUGCUGAGUCACUGCAAGCUGGAAGGAGCACUAGGCUAGCGGAGCAGACGACAGCAGAGCACCAUGACCCACCGGCUGUUUGAGGAGAAACACCAUGCCUCUAUCUACCAGAGGUAUCGCUUUGUACCCCCAGAGGAGAUCAGAGACAUCAUCCUGCAUUACCUGGAAAGGAAGAAAGUCCAGCCUCAUGCCCUAGCUGUGGACCUGGGCUGUGGGACGGGGCAGAACUCACGCCUGCUGGCCCCACACUUCCAGGAAGUGGUGGGCAUCGACAUCAGCGAGUGCCAACUGGAGGAGGCCAGGGCAGUAGCAGGGUUCAACAACAUCACCUACAGGAAAGGGACAGCAGAGGAGCUGCCGUUUCCGGAUGGUUCUGUGGACCUACUGACUGCAGCCUCAGCGGCCCAUUGGUUUGACCAGAAGCGGUUGCUCUUGGAGGCAGGCCGGGUCCUGAAGCCUUGCGGCUGCAUGGCUCUGCUUGGCUUUACUGAUAACUUCAGACUCCAUUACGGCUCAUGUGAGGACAGACUCACUGACAUCUUUGAUGAGUUCAAGAAGGUGCUGUUACCAUACACCAGCACACAGGUAGCAGUGUCCAACACCAAACUAAGGGAGCUUUACGUUGCUAUCCCCUUCCCUGACAAAGAGAGGAUUGAGUGUAUCCCACUGAAGCAGCAGAUCUCAGUGAGGAACAUAGUGGGCUUCAUGGAGUCCUUCUCCAUGUACCAGGCCUUCCAGAGGGCUGAGCUUGAUGCUGCCACCGCACUGCUGCAGAGAACACUCGACAGGUUUCUGAAGGAGAUGGGAGUCACAUCACCAGACACACUCAUGGAAGUGACGCUGGAGUAUUUCUGUGUCCUGGCGUCUAAACCGGAGUGAACACGCUUUACAGUGUGAAUAUGUUUGUGUGGAGACAGAUGUUUCUUAAGCUUGUGUCAAUCAUGUUUAAGCUGUUGUUAAUAGAAGUAGUAUUCUGUUCACAUAAGAUGUCCCUUUGGUUUUGUCUCUUUUCUUUUAUACAUUGUAAUGUAGAGCAAACUAUUAGCUUUAGUCACAUCAUUAUCAAAAUGGUUGCCACAUUUAGUAUCUUCCUUGCCUGAGAUUGACAAUAAAAUGUGUCUGUAGACACAAUUGUAACUUUUGAAUAUUAUUAAACUUCAGGGCCGUAUCAAGUGUCUCAGAGUAAUAUUAGGAGUGUGGAUUUUAGGAUGUUUUUCCUUUUAGAUCACAAUGAAAAAUAUAACAUGGACAAGGGGGUAUCUGAUCCAAGAUCAGCACUCCUAAUCUGAGACAAUUGAUACUUAGGCAGCCCAAUUCUGAUUUUUUUCUCUCACUAAUUGGUCUUUUGAUCAGGUCUGAAAAAGAUGUGGUUGUGAUUGUUAAAAAUAUCAGAAUUGGGCUGCCGGUCUAAACGCAGCCAUAUUUCCCCAGAUUUUCUGUUGGUUUCUUUUUAAUAUGCAUUAUUCAUGGGUUCAACAAAAUUCAUCACAUUAUGCCAACUGAAAGAAGACCUUUGGUCUGUUCUUGGACCAGUACUUCAGAUAUUGACUGUUUAUAAUUAACAAUUUUUGUGAGCUAGUAGUAGUGCAGCUCAGUACAAAGCCUGUUGUUGUUGAUCUAUGGCUCAGUGAUCAGUUGGAAUAGGGUUUUUAUUUGAGUAAGGAUACUGAACUCAUCAGGCGUUUGUAUUUUCCCACAUCAAUCACAACAGGGAAAACACCUCAUAGGAAAACAAGGUUCUGAUCCCUCCCUCUCCCAUCCCAUCCCUAUGGUACUACUUAUUGGUUCUGACACAACACAAAGCUCUCUUUGAACCCAUGUAACCCUGGUCCCCUUCAUAAACAUCCUCAUUAGCAAACAACCCACAUUCCUUAAGAAGCCACUGCACCGCCCAUUUCUCUCUCAUACUUGCCUGGCCAAGCACCUAGUGGUUUCCCUGGAACUGGCCCUGUGACGUAAGGGAAUCUCCUGCAAUUAGUGUGUUGGUGAUCACAUUCCUUAAUGUGGCCUCCACAACCCAGUGAGAAAGAGAGCUUGCCUGAAUUUUUGUAAAAACCUUAUGAAUAGCAGGUCUAUUUCUGUGUUGGAGAGUACCUUUUGUAUUCCUGUUGUUUUUUCCUGUAGUAUAGCUCAGUGGCAUGGCCCAUCAUGUUUGAAGGUAAGGAGCAUGCUGCCUCCUACUGGAAGUAAAGAGUCUCCCUCAGCUCAAUUAAGAGUUCAUGUCUUUCCUGAAGAAAAGGUAGGAGCAGUUGUGUGUAUUCAUGGAUGCCAAUGGAAGCCAAGCUUCCCCCCAAAAUGUACCUAGAAAAAAAAUCUAAAUAUAGAAUAAUGUAUCUUU